AUAAAAUCCCUGCUCGCUUCAUACGCAGCAUUUUCUCUGAAACCAAACAUAGUCGAGCUAGUGGUAGAUUCAGGAAUCAGGCAUCGCGCUGGUAAUCGAAGAUGGCGGAGCAGAAGAAGGAAGCUGGCGGCAAAGAGAAAAAGUCCUUUCUCGAUGAUGGAAUUGGAGAUGAUUUCCUUGGCUCGUGGAAGACAAUGUCAGUGGAUGACAGUAUGGAUUUCAACAUUGAAACGGUUCCGAAGGGGGGUAAAAAGAAGAAAUUCAACUUUGGAAACUUGGACAUGGAUUUUAAUCUGGAUGGAGAUUUCGGCAAGUUACCAUCCUUCAAGAUGGACAUGCCAGACCUUGAUUUCUCAAGCCCCGACAAUGCUUCAAAACCGAAGGACAAAGUGGAUAGAGGAUCCUCUAGUGCACCUAAGAAAGGAAAAUUAGAUGCCUUUGACAUGUCUUUUGAUUUUGACGGGUUCGACAGGUUCAACCUUGAUGGAGACAUACUCAAAGGAGAUGAUAAAUCUCCUGCAACAAAGCACACUGACAAACACGGGGCUGCUAUGACUGGCUGUGAACGUCAUGACCCUAAAAUCCUGAUUGCUGGAGUAGCUGAUGGAUCUGAAAGCAGCCACACAGAGGACUCGACAGCAUCAGAGAAUAUAAUCAAUCAGGCAGACAAGACUGCUGUAGCCCCUAAAGGAACUGACAACGCUCUCAGAGGAGAUGACAGUAAAGUAGAAACUUACGUUGAGCAUGCAGCAGAAAGCUCAUCAGAAGAAAUAGUUGGUGUUAGAACUGAAGGAACAAAUGAGCAGGGCUCAUCCUCAGAUAUAUAUACUCCCAGGGAUCAAUGUAUCCCAUCCCCAGUUGAAGGCAUAAACAAAAACCAAUGUGCUGAACAUGCUUUGCAGUCCACGGCAUCACAAUCCCUUGGUGGGAGCGAUUCUAUCCAGGAUGCCCAAUCAGAUGUACAGCCGGAGGCUGAUUGCUUGGAUUCGAGAGUGACUGUGAAGUCAGAUGCAGAGCACCCUCUUAUUGGUUUAAGAUCAAUCGACGAGAACCAAAAACAACUUAGCAAAUCAAAUCAUCUGAAUACUAAUGGCCAGGAGGGCAAGAAAGGUGUGAACAGAGAGAUUUUUCCUGAGAGCACUACAGAGGGUACGAAAGAGACUGAGCCAGUGGCUACUGGUACAGAUUCCGAGGACAACCAGAAGUCAAGCUCUACAGAUUUGCCAACUGAAGACGAACCAGUAACUGAUAAUGAUGCAAUUACAAAGGCAGAAGGCACGAGACUUGUCCAAUCCAAAUUCUUUAGAAAAUCUGGUGAUGUUAGACCUCCUCUUGCUUCAUCUAGUCUGCGUAUCUCCUCGUUUGGGAGUUCGGAAUUGGCUAGCAAACAGUUGAAUCAUCUCGGAAGCGUGAAACUUGAUGUUCAAACUGGAAGAAACUUGGGUGGUCAGCUGAGGUUACUUUCUUCUGAUUCGAGAAAAAGUGCACCACCACCUGCUUUACUGAAACCCGAUGUUCAAACUGGACGAAACUCGGGUGGUUAUCUGAAGCCACUUCCUACUGAGCUGAGAAAAAGUGCAACGCCUGCUUUACUAGUUGGCAGAAAGAAUGUUAAAAAUACAGCUACCAGCAGUUCAUGCAAGGAUGAGGGAAUACAUGAUGCUAACGUGCCAACUGAUACUCCAAUACCUCCUGAUAAAGUGGUAGCUAAAGGGGCACCAGUCAUUCUCAGAAGUGUAAGCAACACAAAGGAUCCCGAUAAUACUAGUGGUGAGGGCAAUGCUUCCAGCUCUGUUGAUAAGAUGCCCAAGUUCAACAUUCCGAGAAGUAUGAAGUCCUCCUUACCGGCUAUGAGAUCAGUUCCGAGUUCAAGGGUCGUACCUCUUAAGGCACUUAAAUCUGAGAAUCAGAUGCUGCCUAAUCUGUCAAGCUUCAAAGUUCCAAGGCAUGAUACUCUAGACAGAUUUCUGUUGAAUAUGGAAGUAAACAGAGAUCAACAAAAUGUGCCUAACAAAACCUUGAAAGGCUUGUCCAAAAUCACAGAAGCACAACAAAAUGUUGCAUCGUUGAAAAUUACUCAUCCUGUCACCCACGAGCAGAGGAAGAAAUCAUUGAAGAGAGACACAGAGGCAUUUAAUUCAGAUUUGGCGCCAUUGAACCCCCGUAAACGCCUUUCUCCAUCACGAGAUAAAAUGAGAAUGUCAGAUGAACAGACAGAAGGCGUUGCUGGAGAUCAGGUAUACAGUACGGAUAGUGAAGUAAGGAAGGAAUCCGGAAGCAUGCCUCACGGUCAGCCUAUCUCCGGAUACCCAGGUCCUCAGGAAGUGAACUUGGAAGAACCUAAAAUUGACCGAAUUCAGAUGGCUUCGGAAUAUGGCAGAAAGAUUGAUGAAGUCUACUAUACGGAUAGUGAAGUAGGGAAGGAAGCCGGAAGCAUACCUCUCGAUCAGCCUAUCUACGCUUUCCCAGUUCCCCAGGAAGUGAACUUGGAAGAACCUAAAAUUGAUCGAAUUCGGAUGGCUUCGGAAUAUGGCAGAAAGAUUGAUGAACUUUGCAACAUGAUGAAGAAAAUGAACGAGCAAGCAAAGGAGCUAAUGGUUCGAUCAGUUGUGAACAACAAUAAGCUACUACUACUGAAUCAUCGAGAGGUAGACGAGAAGAUAUCCUUUAGUUUCUAAUCUUUUUCAUCCAUUUAAUUUGCGAUGAUGUUCUUCUCAUGAUAACGCAAAUUGAUUUCCUUGACGAUUCAAAACAUUCGC